AUGCUAAGGCCCGAAGCCAAGUGCAGCACCCAGGUGCCUCAGCACCACCACCAGCACCCUCUCCAGCACCCGCACCCCCAGCAGCAGCAUCAGCAGCACCCGCACCCCCAGCAGCAGCAGCAGCAGCAGCAGCAGCAGCAGCAGCAGCAGCAGCAGCAGGAGCUCGCCUUAUUUUGGUGCGCGAGGAAGUGCAGCACCCAGGUGCCUCAGCACCACCACCAGCACCCUCUCCAGCACCCGCACCCCCACCAGCAGCAGCAGCAGCACCCGCACCCCCAGCAGCAGCAGCAGCAGCAGCAGCAGCAGCAGCAGCAGCAGCAGCAGCAGCUCGCCUUAUUUUGGUGCGCGAGAAAGUGCAGCACCCAGGUGCCCCUGUCCCGCUGCUGCACAGUGGUGUCGAUGAGCAUGGAGAACCAGCCGCCAGCAGAAAGGGCAAAUCUUGUGUUUUUUUUGGAGUCCAAAUCAAUUUGGAUUUCAUUUAUUAUCAAAGACAAAGACCCCAAACAGCCCUCCAAACCCCACAAAAAAUAA